AUGUCUGCCGACGGCAAGUGCCCGUUGAGCAUUGUGGAUAUGCUGCUCAACGAUACGGCGACGCUGGACGUCUUCGACAAGCCGGUCGCAGACGACGACGCCGAAAGAGCCAUGAACUGGGACCUAGGCAAUGACAAUUUCCUCGACUCUCUGCUGAAAAUGGAAAACUUAAAUGACUCGGCGCCGUUCGAGUUCUUGUCCAGCAACGAAGACUUCAUGUCGAGCGCGGCCACCACGCCGAGGUCCUACGACAACGCCGAGAGCAGUUCGUGCUCUGACAGCGGACUUUCAUCUGUGGAUAAUAUGCCAUUCAAUCCAAUAUCAGAAUCUUCUAAGUCUGAUGAUGCCGUGACUAAAAUGGAGUUCACAUAUGAUUCUUUCGUCAAAGAGGAAAUAGUCGAUAUUGAUGAUGAAGUAGUAAUUGAUGAUGACACGACUCAAGAAAACAUUGAAGAAACUAAUGAUAAAGAUAAUAAUAUUUUAGAAGAAAACCCUACUAUUAUUCAACAACCACAAUUAUUGAAAACUACACCUCGCACAGUAGUUAUAUCACCAAAACAGUCUAAAGGGCCAAUUGCUAUUUCUAAAAAUUUGUCAAAACCUGUUUUUAUACCAAUAAAUUUAUCUAAUGUCAAAACAAUUAAGGUGGUUAAUCAGAAUGGUAAAACAAUCAAUGCCGAUGCAUUCAGACGAUUACAGUCCAUAAACAAUGGAAGAAGAAUAUUUGUGAGGAAUAAUGGUUCAAUGGUCUCAAAAUCCAUGCCUGCUUUAAAACAGACCAAAGUUGUGAUGUCUGACUGCACAAGUGAUGAGUCCGAUUCUAUGUAUCCACGGCUUCAUUUAUCGAAUGAAGAAAGAAAAUUAAUGGAAAAGGAAGGGAUUAAAUUGCCAUCACAUUAUCCACUAACAAAACAUGAAGAAAGAGAUUUAAAGCGAAUUCGCCGUAAAAUAAGAAACAAAAUAUCUGCACAAGAUUCAAGAAAACGAAAGAAGGAAUAUGUUGACGGUCUUGAAGAAAGAGUUAAACUAUGCUCUGAUGAAAAUAGCAAGCUUCUUAAAAAUGUAAACACACUUCAGACUGAAAAUGAACGAUUGAAAGCUGCUUUAAAACGUUUACAAAAUGUUAUCGCUCCAGGUGGUACAACAGCACAACCUGCCACAUGUCUGUUGGUUCUUAUGAUGUCAUUAGCUUUAAUAGCAGCACCUAAUUUGAGGCCUACAGUAACUGACGAAAAAGAUGUAUUGUCUAUAGAAGGUCAGGAAUCCAAUACAGCUGUUCCAGGUCGAUCAAGAAACUUGUUAUUCUCAAAGUCAGGAUCACCCUUGAGCACCACCAAUUUGAAGGAUAUGCUAAAUAUGGUAGCAAAUGGAUCAUCUGCUGAUGGACAAAGUGAUACCAUUAUGGCUGAACUUGGCGAGCUCUUGGAUUUUAAUAAUUUAGCCCGCAAUAAAGAUCAUGAUUACUCCAGAACAUCAAUGGAUGAUUAUUAUAUUCCUGAGUCUGAUGAUGGUUGGACCAAAGCUGAAAAACGCCCUGCUCCAUCUGAGUGGUUUGAUGAGUUAAUAACGCCAGCUGUAAAGAGUAAGCUAGAUUCCAAGCGUGUGAUUCUUCUGUCUAGCGAUGAAGAAUCUUAUUAAACGAGAAAAGAAAUUGUAUUGGUGAGCGCAACAAGAGUUUUUUACUGUAUGUCACUGUUGUACCACUAGUAACAUGUUUGUUUUCUAGUGGCAUAACAAUAUCUCGAUUCCAUUUUUAUUUCGUUUCUCUGAACGUAUAAUUUAUCUUAAGGCUCUUCUGUAAACCAUACUUUUAGAUAAAUUUUAUUUAUAAACCACAAAAUUGCUUUUUAACUAUUAUUGUUUGAUAUUUAAUUAUUAUAUAUUUAGUAUUAGGGCUAUCAACUAGGUAAUGGGACACAUAAACAAUACUAGUUAAUUUUAUUAUUAUAAGGAAUGUGAUUUUUUAAAUGUUGGUUUGUGUAAUUUUUUUUUCUUAAAAAUAUAUUGUAUUAUCUUUUGUUGCGUGAAUCAAAUUUGAAUUUUAAGAAUUAUUCAUGAAUUGGAGAAUUUUUAUUCAUAAUUUUAAACAGGUUAUAAAUUAUUUCCUCUGUUUUUAUAAUGUCAUUGUUGAGAGUAAAUUCUUAACCAUCAAUCUAUCAAUAAAAAUUAAAAAAAAAAAUCACUGAAUGUAUUUGCUAUGUACCAUAUUACUUGGUACAAUCUUAAAUUAAAAAUACUUAAUUCAUUAAUUAUAAAUCAAUUAAAAAUAACAAUUUACAACUGUCAGUAAUAAUAAGUAUGGUUUAUCUUAUUUGAUCAAGUAUCUGUAAUGUAUGCCCAUAAUAAACAGUAAAGAUUAAGCAUUUAAAAAA